UUUUUCCUUCGCUUCUGUCAGUAUUCUCGAUGAAACCUCUGAACUGAGCGGAGCUUAUCAAUGGCGUCCCAAAUGGCGAUCCUCUCCAGAGCCCGUAAAACCCUCCUCAAAACCCUAAACCACCACAAUAGUCCCUUUAAAGCUUCCAUUUCCACCUUCACAUUCCUCUCCCAGGAACCCCAACUGGCCGAGCCCAGCCUCCCCCCGUCAUCUCCCACUCCACUUCCUCCCAACCCCGCCUCAGGGAGCCCGCUCUACAACGAGAACUGGCGGAGCCCCAUCCCCCAGGCUCAGUCCAUCAUUCCUCUAGGAUUUCUGCACCAGUCCUCUUCGUCGCGGCUGCAGGCGCUGUCGCAGACGCUGGAUGUGCCGAGCCUGAUGAACGUGUUCGCCGACUGGAUGACGUCGCAGCGGUGGGCGGAUAUGAAUCAGCUGUUCGAGUUUUGGAUUAGGUCGCUUGAUAAGAAUGGGAAGCCGAAUAAGCCGGAUGUGAACUUGUAUAACCAUUACUUGAGGGCGAAGUUGAUGAUCGGCGCCUCGGCUGGGGAGCUGCUGGAUCUGGUGGCGCAGAUGGAGGACUACGCCAUCAUUCCUAAUACGGCGUCGUUUAAUUUAGUGUUGAAGGCAAUGUAUCAAGCCAGAGAGACCGAGGCCGCCGAGAAGUUGUUUCAGCGGAUGCUGCAGACAGGAAAGGAAUCUAUGCCUGAUGAUGAGUCAUAUGAAUUGGUUGUUGGUAUGCUGUUUUUGACAGACCAGAUUGAUGCUGCCUUGAGAUAUGUUGAUUUGACUUUGAAAUCUGGUUAUAUGUUGUCAAUGAGGGUUUUUGCUGAGUGUGUGAGAAGUUGUGUUAACAAAGGCAGGCUGGAUGCUUUGGUGUCUAUUAUAGAGAGGUGCAAGACAAUGGAUCAGAAUAAAGCUCUUUCUCCCUCCUGGAACAUGUGCAUCUUCAUUGCAGAUAUUGCGAUGCAAGAGGAUAAUAGCAAGUUAGCUUUUUAUGCCCUGGAAUUCAUGGCCAGAUGGAUUGCUCGGGGUGAGAAUGCAAGGGGCCCUGUUCUACUCUCUGUGGAUGAGGGGCUUGUUGUAUCAGCACUUGGAACUGCUGGUAGGACUUAUAGUUCUACUCUUCUAGAUGCAUCAUGGGCGAUCCUACGACGAUCAUUGCGUCAAAAGAAGGCACCUCAACCAGAAUCUUAUCUUGCAAAAAUAUAUGCCGAUGCAACAUUGGGGAAUUUGCAGAGAGCAUUCAGCACUCUGCAUGAGUUUGAAACCGCUUAUAGGAACUCCCCCAAAGAAGCAGAAGAGGAUAUAUUCUCACCUUUUACAUCUUUACAUCCUUUGGUAAUGGCAAGCUCCAAGAAGGGUUUUGAAACUUUGGACACGGUUUAUUUUCAAUUGGAGAAUCUGAGCCGUGCAGACCCUCCUUACAAGUCUGUUGCUGCUCUGAAUUGUGUUAUUUUAGGUUGUGCGAAUAUAUGGGACCUUGACAGGGCCUACCAGACUUUUGAGGCAAUUGGUUCUUCUUUUGGAUUGACCCCUGAUAUCCAUUCAUACAAUGCUUUGAUGUAUGCAUUUGGAAAGCUCAAGAAGACAUUUGAAGCUUCAAGGGUGUUUGAGCACUUAACCAGUCUGGGCAUAAAACCAAAUGCAAUGUCAUUUUCAUUGCUUGUGGAUGCUCAUCUCAUCAACCGAGAUCAAAAAGCUGCUCUCUCUGUGAUUGAAGAGAUGAUAAAUGCUGGAUUUGCACCAUCGAAAGAGAUACUUAAAAAGGUGAGAAGACGAUGCAUUAGGGAAAUGGACUAUGAGAGUAAUGACCAGGUGGAGUCCCUGGCGAGAAAGUUUAAGAUCCGUAUGGGCACAGAAAAUCGCAGAGACAUGCUGUUCAACCUUGCGUACAACACCGAUUAUGCUUGAUAGGUUUGCUUUUGCUUCUCUUCUCUUUGGAUCGUGGCAUUCCCAUUCAACAUUUGGCGAUGCCAACCUUGGUUUUCCCUUGAAUAUUCCUCCAUGUUUGUAAAUUACCAGAGAUUGUACUCAAUUUUGAGUCUUAGCUGGAGGAAUACUAGAGUGUAGCCUCCUAACACCUUGUUUUUGUAUUCUUUUUGCGAUUUUUGAGGAAAACUAAAGGGAUGACGCAAUGUUAAUCCAAAUCAGACACUUCAAUAUCGCCAAUAAUUUUUAGGGAUGUAGGGCCGCAUCCAUAAUAAUUAAUAUUUCCAUCCUAGGGUUUUAGGUUCAUUUUGAUUUCUGCCCUGAUGCAUAA